CAAACCAACACACUUGUAUUCAUGCUUCAUUCACGACUGUCAGUCAUUGUUUCAGGCUCCGCCUCUCCCGAACCCGACCAAUGCUACACUGGGACGAGUGAGGGGAGACGUAUUGGGGUCACAGCAGCUGAGAUACCGGGAAGUAGAAGGAGGUUGGAAUCGGGGAAGGCUCUCGCUUGACCCUGGCAGCGACCCUGCUUGGUUUUGAGGCACCUGAGCUUCUCAGCAAUUAUGUGAGGGGCUGCUGGAGGGAUGGGAUCUAGGGAACCCCCUACGGCAGCGGCGUCUGCAGCGGCUGCUGGUGGAUGCCCAGCUGCUGUCUCACCCUGGAACUUCCCUUGGAAUCUGGGGCCUCUUCACCUUGGAGCAUCCAUCCUUCCCCUGAGACCUUUUCCACUUUGAAUAACUCUCUGCCAUGCUGGAUAUCUUCUCCCAUUGGUCCAGUUAAUUAUCCAUUUAUAGUGCCUGUGCAAGUAUAAUUAUGGAUGGAUCUACUGAAUGAAUUGUCCAAACAAAUCAAAUAAGGUCAAGUCAACAAACAUUUAUUAAACACCUGCUAUAUGCUAGAUACUAUGGAGCCCUUUGAAUGAGAUUUGAUAUUUAAAUUUACUAUAUUUCUCCUUUAAUACAAAGAACUCUAAAAUGUGCUAACAGAGUGACAACGAUACCUGGAAAUUGGUAAUUCUGAGAAACUAUGACGUUGAUCUGUGUGGAGCAAAGGCAGCAUGGUGUCCUCCAUGACUGAUGGAGACACAAGUAGACAAUGUGGACGAAUUUCUGCAAACCAUGGUUUUUCUGCUGUCUUCUAGCAGCACUGACCAUUGUGCUACUAGUCCUCAAUGUAAAUCAGUUAGAGCAUUUGGAUCAUGAAAGUGUUUUAGCUACUGUCAUUGAUAGCAGUGGACAGGAUACUUCCCCUCAAGCCUCAGGAAUUAGCAGAAAGUCCUACUGUGGAUAUGAACAUCAAACCUUGUCCAAGAGGGAACGUUUGGAAGAGAACUCUUUAUUGGCGUUUUUUCAGAGUCAUGAGCCACAUACGGAUUUAGUCCCAUUUGUGAAGAGCACUGACCCUUCCUCUAGCUAUUUUGUGAUAUUGAACUCUGGAACAUUCUUCAAGGUGGGGAGCCAACUUGAGAUUCUGGUUCAAGUACAAGAUUUCCAAGGGAGGCCCAAAAAGUAUGGUGGAGACUACUUACAGGCCCGAAUCCACUCCCCCAAACUGCAAGCUGGUGCGGUGGGUAGAGUUGUAGACUACCAAAAUGGAUUCUACAAAGUUUUUUUUACCUUGCUUUGGCCAGGCAAGGUGACUGUGUCUAUAGUUCUGGUUCACCCAAGUGAAGCAAUCCAAGUCCUUCAGCAUCUCCAGGAGGUGAGACCAGAUAGGGUCUAUUUUAAAAGUCUCUUCCGAUCGGGGAGAAUUUCAGAGACUACCAUAUGCAAUGUAUGUCUCCCAGGAAACCUUCCUGUAUGUAACUUCACAGAUCUCUAUACUGGGGAGCCCUGGUUUUGCUUCCAACCAAAAAAGCUCCCUUGUAGCAGCAGAAUCAAUCAUUACAAAGGAGGGUACCUCAAGGGUCUUCUAACUGCCACAGAGAGUGCUUUCUUCCAAAGUGAUGUCAAUAUCAAAAUGCCAAUUCGUUCCAGUGGACCUGAUUGGGUGACUGUGAUUCCCCUAGGAGUAAAAGAAGCGAAUGACCCUGAACCCUCUCAAAGCAUGGAAAACUUCCCUUCUGGUUAUUAUUACAAAAACCAAUGGAGGCCUAGAAAAUUCAAGAUGCACCAGUUUAAUGAGCCUGACAACAUUACAGAAUGCUUACAAGGAAAAAUGAUCUAUUUAUUUGGUGACUCUACCAUAAGACAGUGGUUUGACUAUCUGAUCACAUUUGUCCCAGAUUUGGUGGAGUUUAACCUGGGCAGUCCUAAAAAUGUGGGCCCCUACCUCGCAGUGGAUUUGAAACACAACAUUUUGCUACAGUACCGUUGUCAUGGACCUCCCAUCCGAUUCACUACUGUCUUAAGCAAUGAGCUACAUUAUGUGGCCAAUGAGCUGAACAGGAUUGUGGGAGGGAGAAGCACUGUGGUGGCCAUAGCCAUAUGGUCUCACUUCAGCACCUUCCCCUUAGAAGUUUAUAUUCGGCGACUGAGGAACAUUCGCCGUGCAGUUGUACGCCUCUUAGACCGGAGUCCAAAGACUGUGGUAGUUAUCCGAACAGCCAAUGUCCAGGAACUGGGGCCAGAGGUUAGCCUUUUCAACAGUGACUGGUUCUCCUUUCAGCUUGACACCAUUCUAAGGAAGAUGUUCUCUGGGGUAGGCGUGUAUUUAGUAGAUGCCUGGGAGAUGACACUUGCCCACUACCUGCCACACAAGCUGCAUCCAGACGUAGUAAUUGUCAAGAACCAGAUUGACAUGUUUUUGUCUUUUGUGUGUCCAGCAAAGACUUAGCUUUGCCCUUUGGGGAGUCCUUCUAAGGGGGAGUUGUUAACAUUAAAUUAUGUGAAAAACA